GUAGGAGAAAUACACUAAUACAGCUAGGGCCCAAGAAGCACCCAACAAGACGCCACAGCCAGUGCCAUCGGUAGAGGAAAAUUCCGUCUUUACACAAGCCCAAUCUAUGCUAAAGGAGCUACGUGACACGACAGAGAGGUACCGGUACAUCAAUAACCAGCCCUUGACCAAAAGGCAAACAGAAAAAGCGAGGUGGCAGCAGGAUAGCAAAGAUCUACAUGAAUUGAACAAGAUAGUCCAUCACGGCUUGGUGGACGUGAUCAACACUUAUGUGGUACCUGAUGCUCGCCAGAGGGCAACCUUUGCCAGCAAUGAGACUGAACGGCUCGAAUUAAAUAGCAUCGCCAAGGAUAUAGUUGGUGAGAUUCAACCAGCAGACAUGGAACAUACAUGGGGUUCCUGUGCAUACGACAUGCUCAAAGGGCUAGCUGGGAUUCUGAAGCCACUGCCAGAGCCUCCAGAGUAAAUUAUCAAACAUUUUUAGCGUCUCAUUCACACUAUAUAUUUUUAAAAAUAAAUUCCAGAUUUCUGUUGACGACGAUAUUCCCUUAACUGCAG